CAGUCCGACGCUCCAACCCAGCGGAUCCUCCACAGUCCACUCUACCCCCACUGAGCCUGUCUUCAGAGCUUCGUGCUAGCAUCAUCUCGCUCCCAGACCGGUCCCUCCCUGGCCUAUUCUCAGUUUCAGGUCUCUAGAGUCUCUAAGCGCCAUGGCGAACACCAUGAGAGCCUUCUUUCUCGCCCUAUACCUAUUUUCCAUUGCCAUGUAUCCGGGUAUCGUCUUCGCGGAACGGCACGAGAGCCCCGGCGACGCUACCCACCAUCCAGGCGGACAUCACAUGCAUCACGGUAACCCUCUCUGGAAGUCAACACGCGACGAACGCUUGGACGGCGCCGGCGGGGUUGAUCCUGUCAUGAAUUCCAUACACUUGGCGGACCAUCAUGUCGGCAAGGUAAACAGUGCCGUAAAGAGCAUCGAGAGCGGUGGCGGCAUCGAUAGGGUGAACGCGACGCUGAAAUCUCUAUCGACCGCGAUCAAGAACGUCUCCGCCUCGUUGGGCCAGGUCGACUCGUUCCAGUCGAAGGAGCUGCAGUCCCUCAACGGGGAGAUCGAGUCGUUCAGGUUAUCUAUUGAUGCGCUUGUAACCCAACUUAUCACCAGCAAAGGCGCGAUCGGGGAGCUCCGCGGCUGUCGCAUCGUCGAGGGAGCUAUAGUCGAGAUCCAGGCCAAGAUCUGGGUUGUGUUCGAUGGGAUUCAGAGCCACUGGGGCCAGGAGGAGUUCGCUCGUGACACCUAUGGAUUCAAAGCCUUCAACUCGCUGAAUUCGAGCAUUGCUAGCGCUCUAGGCCGUGGAUUUGACGCGUUUUGCCCCAAGAAUUGCAGUGGUCGUCGUGCCCUGGAGCGCGAUGUGUUUCCCUAUUGUCGCCGAAUAGGCCCCGCUGAUAAUGAGAUUUUGGUCACUAACUCCGACAACGCCAACAACGGACACGCCGACAACGCCGACGACCGAUAUAACUUCAACGACGGAUACAACGCCGACACCGACAACGCCGACACCGACAACGUCGACAACCGAUACGACGUCGACAACGUCUAUACCGCCGACAUCAGAUAUAUCGAGGGUAUCGGUGACGCCGCUUCCCAUUGCCGGUGGCGAGGGUAUGGUGGUACCUCGAAGACAACCUGCGGCGGCCAUAGUGAUACUUCGAAUAUAACCGGUAGCGACGGCGGCUACGGGGGCCAAGGCGGACCUUCGAAGACAAUCGUCGUCGGCGGCGGCUAUGGCGACACUCCGAAAAUAAUUGGCGGCGGCUGCGGCUACGAAGGGCAUGGUAAUGCUUUGAAAAUAAUCGGCGGGGGCGGCUACGGGGGGCAUAGCAAUGCUUCGAAGACGUCCCUAUCCGGGAGCAGCGGAGUCGUGCAGACCAGAACGUAUACUACCGUCGCGACUAACAGUGCCGACGGCGUGGUGUCGACCGUUACUACUGCCCCGGGCCCGGGCGGGAUAUUAGUUCGUGACGACCUCGUCGUCUUCCUCCUCCUCUAG